AAUCAUGAAGGCUGCAGGCUCAUUGGGUGUGGUUGUAUGCUUGUUCUUGGUGGUGGUUCCCAUGGCAGAAGGGGACACCACGCCCAGCCAAUGCAAGCAGGAGAAGGACCUUCUUGUGAGUGCAUGCAAGAGCGCAGUGAUCAAUAAUAUAAUCGGGCGCAGCCCCUCUGCAUACUGCUGCCAAAUUGUCAAGGUGACUCAUGUCGAGUGUGUGUGCCCUUAUGUCACCCCCAAACUGGCCAAUUUGAUCCCUCUCCAACGUACGAUUAAGCAGAUUGAAGGCUGUGGAAGAAGCGUCCCUCGCAACUUCAAGUGUGGCAGUAUCACCACUCCACCAUAAGAUAAGAAGACGAAUAUUCUAGCUAGCUACAAGAAUAUAUUAUUAUGCUUGAUUAUCAAAUAAAGAAUAAUCUAAUUAGCUUUCUUUCAAGAUAUGAGAGUUAUAUAAAUUUGAAGUGCACAACCAUGUGCAAUUAUGUAUUAGAGAAUGGAGGGAAGGGGACAAAGAUGUAUGACUUUCCUCAAAUCAAAGUGAAUUAUAAGAUGUCUCUCCUAUAUAUACCGA